AUGCUUGUCGGUCGGGUGUGCCAACACGGUAUCAAGGCUAUCCCCAUCGCUCAGGCUGCUCCAAAAUCUUCGCGAGUACAUCAUAAGUCGGGUGAAACCGCCCCUUUGCCCGUUCCGAGGUUUAGCCAUCCGGGUGUGAGCGACUGCUACGAGGGCUUGAACGACAGGGAACUCAAUGACGUGCUGUCCCCUCUCGACCACUCCGGCCAGCGCGUCAACAAGUACGUGACCUGGAUCAAGGACUUCAAAGCUACUGAGUGCACUCAGCCUCUUGACCCAGGAGGUUCUGCUCCCGAGAGCUUAGCUCGUGGUGUUGCACAGGCCGCCGAUUUGGCACGACGCGUGUGCAAGGACCCCAACCGUGGUCAGUCACAGCAUGGGGUUCAGCCCAAGCUGAUCAUCUUGAAAAUUCUCAACAACCUCGUCCCUACCGAAUCUGCCACCAGCAACACUAUCAAAAACCUCCAGCCCAACUUUAGAAACCUGUCUUAUGCGAGUCGCGUCUCUCGUCAAUUACGCCGUGUCGCGGAACCUUUACUAUACCGCUACAUCUACCCGACGCGUCAGCUCCUCGAGACUCUGUGCGAACGGCCCGAACUAGGCAAUCAUGUACAUGAGGUUGGCGAGUCUAGUCCGCCUUUGACCUUAGAAGAACGCGAAGCCGUCAAGCCACUCCAUAAUCGAGUCCAUGAACUUGCGAAGGAUAUUUAUGACUGGCCAGUGCUUGACGCGUUCCUGGAGUACUCUAGUCCUCCUAAAUUGGAUGAGAACCACAUCACGACUGAUUCCCGCGACGACAACACGACCUGGCUUCCAUCAAUACUCUGCCUGACACCUCAUGUCCAGACGUUACACCUAAAUGUGUAUCAGCUAGAAUGCAAGAAGCUCGACACGCUUGCGCAGCUGUUUCAGUUGUGCGAAGACCGCAUUGACUACGAGAAGGAAGUGCUGUCUACCAAGCUUCGGACAUUGAAGACUAGCGGAAUAGACUGGGGUCUCACGGGCAUGGGCCCACGCCCAGACGCGGAAGAGGCAAAACGAAGGGACGACAGCAUAUUCCCUGGUGGGCCACCGCGCAGAGAGCUGUAUACCUCCCAAGGUUCUCAUCCGAACUUAGAGAAUCUUAGUCUCUGCGACAACCGAUCUCCUGACCCCUCUCUCGUGAAGGAGAUGCUGGAGGCCUAUCCUAAUCUCCACACUCUCGUCCUGAAGCCAAGUCAGCGCAUGGCGCGACAAUCUUUUGACUUCAGCAAGUACGGCAUUGUACUCCGCAAACGCGCCACGGGCCUGCGCUGUUUAGAUUUGGGAUUUCCCGGCAUUUCCCACUUUGAAUCGGACGGUGGCGCGAUCGGGUCUCUGAGGCACGAGUGUACUCAGCUAAAGCAGCUGCGUUUGCCCCUUGCUGCACUGUUUGGCCUGGAUCCACCCGGGAAGCUGGACCUGUGUGAUUACUUGCCGAUCAGCCUGCGCUGGUUCUGGACCACUUUGCCGGAGGAGGAAAAUUACGCGCAGGUGUGUUCCAACGCGCUGGCAAGCAUGCUUGACGACAAAAGGCUACCACAGUUGGAAUGGGUUCUGGUCAUCCUGCCUGAAGGAUGUGAGCUUAAGCCCACAGGAUUCAGCGCGUUGCGACACGGCGAACGCCAUGUUCUAUAUUGGAGAAAGCCAACCUGUGUCAUACGUACGCCGCCGGGGUGGGAGGAUGCCAAUGUCGAGAAAGGCGUGGCGCUGCCUUAGAGGUCAAGUACGGAAAAACAGGGGCGUAGCCAUUUUCUGCUGGCUCAUUCAUGAGUGCAAGGUCGACGACCCAAAGGGGAAUGGACUCAGCAGGAGUGGGAGUUGGAGAAUCGACGCCACGAACGCAUGUGCCAAACGGGCAGUUAUUUUGCGUGCCUGUUCCGUCUGUAUAGGAACCUCUAGACCUGCCUGUGUACUCAGUGAACACAUGACGAAACUCGUUUGCCAAAA